UCUCCCUCCACCGGCACCACAACUCAUUCUUCCACGACUCUUGAUCCAACACUGCAAAACCCCAGCAUCACCCUCUCACUCGGUCGAACUUGCUUCACACGACUCUUACUUCACUGACUUGCUCCACGUUUCCUCCUCUCUCGUUCAGCGUCUCGGUCCUUUUGCCUCCUCGUCCCUGGAUCCUUGCUUGUAACUUUCCCAUUUCUCCAGCAUUAUCGUCGCCACCAAAGCCGUUCCGUUGUUUCGUCGUCUAGACCCAUUCUUCCGUUUUCAGCAUUCCAGUGCAGACAUUCUCGACCGUUUGCAAACGGUCUGGCCCGAGGUCCUGCGAGUCAGUCGCCCCCAAUCUAUUUCAACUCUUGCACACGAGCAUGGAUUUUUCCCUCGAGGACACCCAGAACGCUGCACCGGGACUAUCCAGCAUGGCCGAACAACAGAAACUGGCCGCCGCACCACGGAAGGCCGACACCCAGAGCGUGACCAAAAGACUACAAUCCGAACUAAUGACCCUCAUGAUGUCUCCUACACCGGGCAUCUCGGCCUUUCCAGAUGCAGACGGCAACCUCCUACACUGGACUGCUACUAUCGUGGGACCGAAAGACACUCCCUACGCAGACCUCAACCUCAAACUCAGCUUUGAGUUCCCGGGCAACUACCCCUACAGCGCCCCAACUGUCUUGUUCAAGACCCCCAUCUACCAUCCCAACAUUGAUUUCAGCGGUCGCAUAUGCCUGGACAUUUUGAAGGACAAGUGGAGUGCCGUCUACAACGUGCAGACGGUCUUGCUGAGCUUGCAGAGUCUACUGGGUGAACCCAACAAUGCGAGCCCUUUGAACAACGAAGCUGCGCAGCUCCACCAAAACAACCCGGAGGAAUACCAAAGGAAGGUGCUGGCACGCCAUCAGGAGAUUGAUGAUUGAGGUGAAGAGUCAGCAAUGUCUGGCCGUUGAAAUGGUUCCGUCAACAGGACACGAUGCUCACGACCACCUUGGAACGGUUGAGGGCAUUGGCGUUGUUGGCACAUGGUUUGAUAUUGCUUGGUGCGGACCUUUUUGGCUGCAUAGCGAGUCAUAAUAAUACGUAGCGGAGCCGAGCGAAACAGGCAAAGGCAGGCCAAAGGUACAGUUCAGCGUCUUUACCUGGUGUGGAGGGAGUUAUCGCAUUAACCGGCGCAUCAGAUACCCGGAGCAACAGUCUUAUAGCACAACAUCCUUUUCCUGCAUUGUCUAAUUCGUUUACACUCGAAUGAUUUCUAGUAAUGCUACCAUGCUUCGUCUCUUUUACAACUCUUCCAUCCAAAGCCGAGGAGUGGCACCAUCGUCCAGAUCCUCAAACAGAUCAACACCCCAAUUCUUGCUGGGAUUAUUAAACCGGGACCUCUUGUCCUGGGCGGCGAUGUCGGUCAUUUCAUCCUUUGUAAACGUGACAUUGACGGCGGCGAUAUUUUCAAAAAUAUAUUUCUCAUGGACAC